AUCGAUUGGGAUAACACAACACGAGAAAUAAUACAAAAUAUAAGUUUGCUGCGUAAUUUUAUGCGUUUCUUUGGCAUAAAAAGUAGUUUAACGCAUGUGAAGUAUAUGUGACAUUAUGCACAUAUUGUAAGUGUGCUCAUAAAGCAAGCAGAGCAGUAAGUAAUUCUAACACAACAAUUUUUCUCGUGACUUUGCAAGCGUAUUGGUGAAUUAACUCAAAAAGCACGCAGAAAACUUUUCUUAUGCGUGCGUGUGUGUGUUAUAUGUAAAUGUGUUUAGUGCAGUGAAUGCGGUGAAGGAAUCAAUACAACAGGAGAGCAGCGAGAACGACACAGCAGCUAACCAAAGGAUGAGUUAUCUGACUGGCGAGCCAGUGCCGCCAGGCUUUGAGGAUGAAACCUCGCGUAGAGCGUUCAUACAAGAAAAGUUUGAAACCUACCAGAACGCCCAUUUAGUUGGCAAUGAAUACGUGGUGGAGCUGCAUGAGAGUGGACAAAAGCAACCGGAUUACUUUUGUGUGCUGUGCAACACCUGCAAUGACAGCGGAUCCAUAUUUACACACUGGACCUCCUUAUCGCAUCGCAGGAACUAUUUUAAGUUGCAUUUUCCAAAAUGUCUGGAAUCUGUGCGUGCCUCCAAUCCAAAUGAGAUGGUUGCGUGUGGCAAGCUGGCACAAUAUGUGGACCAGCAUCUUGGACGCAGUAUGCUAGUGCUGGCCGUAGCUGGAGAUGAUUUUAGACGCUAUCGAAAUAAUAUAUGCGCUCAAGUGCAUAACAAGUUUCAUUUUUCAGAGUUAUCCGCGGUAGGGCUUAUGAACCAAAUAUGUAUGGGUCUAAAUACUGGGGAUCAUGCGACCAUAGCACUGGAUGCCAUAUCCAGCGACGAUGAUGAUGAGAAUUUUGCACCUGUGCCACCCAAGAAGAAGCAACUGAGCGAGGAGAACCAGCAGCCAGGCUAUCGUGCCAUCAAUCGCUCGCCACCAGGUGGCAGUGUAAACAAGCAGCUACCCACGCCCAAGGAGCUGUCCAAGCAGGCCAUGCAUAUAGCUCAAGAGCAGUAUAAGCUGGAGAAGUAUCGUUGCUGCAUGGAGCUGCAGCUGAAGCAGCUGCGUGAUGAAACCGAGACGUAUGAGACGAAUCCUGAAAAGCAUCCAGACUAUUCCGAGGAAUGGAAACAGUUUUGGAAUCGCCGCUAUAAACAGUUGCAGGAGGAAAAGAAAUUCGAUCCCAAUAGCUAUGAUUACAAGCCGGAGUGGAUUGCCUACUGGAAGGAGCGACGCGUCGAGCUAUUCAACCUUGCCGCAAUUAAGAUACGCCAGGAGCUCAAGCAGAAGAUGCAGGUGAACGAUGAUGAUGAGGAGAAUGCCAAGGAGUUGCUGGAACGCUAUAAGAUACGCGUGUCUAAGGAACCCAAAGCAUCAACUUCUGCUGCAGCUGCCGCUGGCUCUGCUCCACCUGGACCUGGCAACGGUGCUAAAGCUGGCAGCUCAGCCGCAGCUUUGGCCACACGCCGCAAGGCCAACUAUCGCAGCGGCAAUAAUCGCGGCUCGAAAAUCGGAGCCUCCGGCAGCAAUGCUGUCAUUGACAUAAGCGACGAUGACGGCGUCGGUGAGCAGCUGCCGCCAUCGAGUGCAGCGUCAGCAUUGCGUCCCAGUCGUCGUCCACCUUAUGGCGGACGUUCGCUUUCACGCUCAGCGUCGCUAUCGCCAUCGCCCAACAAUAGGCAGCAGCACCAGAUGCAGCGCGGCAACAGACGUCGCUCGCGCACUCGCUCGCCACGUCCACGUCGUCGCACGCGCUCACAUUCCUCACGCUCCCGCUCGCCGCCCCAGCAGCGUCGCCUGUCACGCUCCCGUUCGCCCUUUGGUGCGCGUGGGCGUCGCGGACGCGAUGAUUAUGCUGAGCGUGAACGCAGUAGUGAGUAUUAUCGUGAGCGUGAGCGCGAGCGCGACAGGGACAGGGAUAGAGAGCGCGACAGAGAGAGCUAUGCGCGCAUGGAAACAUUCCGUGUGAUGGACUCGCGUGUUUAUCCUGAAUACAAUCAGCGUGGCCAGCGCUCUAACUCACCCACUGGCACCAAUGUCUCCAAGGAUAACGAGCUGGUGGAUGAGUCCGAGGGCCCUUUGACUGUUGUUAGCGUGCUGCGCAUGCUGUCCGCUCUGGAGGAUCAAUUGGGUAGUCUAGGCCCCAAGGCUUUGAAUUUACUUAGCAAAGCUUUGGCCAUGGAAAAGAUGAAACCAAAUUCAGCUGAUGAUCUCUUGCUCAUCGAGGAUCACUGUGUCUUUCUCGAGACCACCAAGGAGAAGCUCAAGGGUAUUCUAAUUGCCGAAGUGCUUGAUGAUCCGCAAAAAGUGCGCGUUGUGAAAAAGUUAAUCAGCAAUAUAGCCGCAGUCCUAUUCCAGGCUGGGGAAAAAGGUGACAAGCUGUCAGCUACAUCGAUCAUCAAACUCAACGACCUAAUCCCGAUUAAGAAGCAAUAUCAGUUGCCCUUCGAGCGUCACUUGGUGUCCACCAAGCUGGCCAAUGCGCUGGUGCUCAGUGGCAUCGAUGACUUGAGCACAGAGGAUAUGAAUCGAUUGAUACACUUUUUCGUGCUGAUGGUGAAGACAAACAAAUCGCGUCGUAGUGGCCUCACUUUUAAUGAGAUGUCCAGGAUUUUAGACAUAAAUGCAGCAUCAACAUCAGCGUCAGCUGCAGCAAAUUCGUCGUCGGCAGCUUCAACGAUCGUAGCUGUGGCAGCAGCCGCCGCAGCGGCAGACGGCGGUGGUGAUGGUUAUGCUGACUUGGACAUAGACAUAGGCGAGCUGAUGAAGGAGGUGGAGCACCAGCUGUCCCGGGAUAAACCCGGGCAGGCUGCCAAUUCAAUUGUAAACGAAGGGGGCUCUGGCAUGGAGUCGCUAACCGAUUCAGAUUUGCAAACGUUGAUGCAGAACUUUAAGUUCUUAUCCAGUGAGGAGCAACAACAUCUCAUUGGACAUCUACGCAGACUGGAGAGCGCGGAUCCGCCGCGUGUGGAACGUUUGCGUACAUAUGUGAACAUACCCGAGAUGAGCAGCGCGGGUGAAUCCUGCAGCGAGUAUUUGACCCGUAUUGUAUCCAACAGCACCAGCAGCAGCAGCAACAACAACUCACGCAAUACCACACGUGGCAGCAAUGCUAGUUGCGUCUCCGCAGUUGCCACGCGUCGCCAGAGUCCUGAGCAGUUGCAACAGCAGCAGUCGCAACAGUCAUCACAACGUCGCUCUGGCAACUUUAUACUGGACGAUGAUGAUGACGAUGAUUACAACUUUGAUGAUCUCGUGCUGAAAGCCACCGAUACGAAUAACAAGAACACUCAUAAUAUGCCACAUGCUGCACCUAUUCACGUUAAUGCAUCUAAAAUCACUCUCCAGGACACUGAGAAUAUUAUAGCUAAUCUAAUGGGCACGCUUACUAACAACCAGUCCCGCCCAAUGCAGCAGCAACAACAACAGCAGCAGCAGCAGCAACAACUACAGCCACCGCAGCUACCACCCAUGCGACAUAUGCAGCAGCAGCAACAACAACAACGCCAGCUGCGGCCCAAGCCGCCAUCCGAGAUGCAACAGCAGCAUAUACAGCCGGCUGCUUAUGGUGGUUAUGGUUAUGCCACUGCUGGAGUCAUGCAGCCCAGCGCCAACGCUCCCUACAACAUGGGCAACUAUAAUAAUUAUAAUCCGUCGCUCAACUAUAAUAGUCAGAUGCAUAACUGGCCCAACCCCAACUAUAUGCAACCCCAACAGCAACCACCACCACCUUCAAUGCCAGCAACACAGCCACCACAACAGCAACCACAGUCCCACAUGCACUACAACAUGUACGCAGGACGUCAGUAAUUAACUUUAAACAGAAAACAGCAACAAUUACUAUGUAAAUUGAUUAAUAAACAUACACAUAUAUGUAUCUCUAUCUAU